AUGGCACUUCAUGCAGAUGAGAUCAAGGAAGCCCCUCCCUACACAGACGACCCCAACGUCACCGACACACAAGAAGCCGAAGUUGAAGACAAAUUCGAGGUCUUCAAACGAGGUGAUGGCCAAGUCGAUUUCCGGACUGUCAGUUGGAUCCGGGCUUCAGUUAUCUUCCUAAAAAUCAUCUUCGCAACCGGCGUCCUCUCCAUCCCAUCACUGAUGUACCAGCUAGGCGCAUUCCCUGGCGCCAUCACUGUAAUAGGCUGGAGUCUACUCAAUACUUACUGCGCUAUUGUGCAGGGCAACUUCCGCAAUGCCUAUCCAGGCUGCCACUCCAUCGCCGAUAUGGCCCAGGUGGUUGGCGGACCGGUCGUGAAGGAGCUUGUUGGCUUCUUGUUCACGGUUAGUUAUGUGAUUGUCGCGGCAUCGGGUAUCAUUGGUGUGUCGACGGCACUCAAUGCCCUAUCGCUGCAUUCCAUUUGUACCGUCUGGUUCUCAUUCAUCGGGACGAUUAUCAUUGCCAUGUGUGCUAGUGUGCGCAAGUUCUCGCAUAUCGGCUGGCUCACCUGGCUUGGAUUUGGCAGUGUCUAUAUUGCUGUCUUUAUCAUUGUUAUCGGCGUAACAACACGAGACCGACCGGCAGCAGCCCCCCAAACAGGCGAUUUCGACUUUGGCUACCGAGUCAUCGGUGACCCGGACUUCACAACCGGAAUUACAGCCUCAGCAACAAUCUUCGUCUCCAGCGCAGCAACAUCUGCCUUCCUCCCGGUCAUCUCCGAGAUGCGCAAGCCAAAAGACUACCCCAAAGCAGUCUACCUGAGCAUGAGCCUGGUAACAGCCUCCUACCUAACCUUCAGCCUAGUAAUCUACGCCUGGUGCGGCAAGUGGAUCGCCUCCCCAUCUCUCGGCAGCGCCGGCGAAACCGUCAAGCGGGUCGCCUACGGGAUCGCCCUUCCGGGCCUGAUCAUCAGCGGCUGUCUCUACGUACACGUCGCAGCCAAAUACCUCUUCGUGCGGAUUCUGCGUGACUCGCGCCAUUUGCAGGCGAACACGGCUGUACAUUGGGGAACGUGGUUGGCGUGUACGGUGGGCCACGCCUUAGCAGCCGCAAUUCCAAAGUCUCCUCCAAUCCCGCCAAAUACUUUUCGCGAAAUUUCAAUCCCGUCCAUCGCGGACUCGCCAACGAAUCAGGCCGCGUCAUGGGCUUUGUCCGAACUGGACCCACGAGCGGAUAAGAGAUCGCCGUAUUAUUUUCCCGAGACCAUCCAAGACGACGAAGACCUUGAAAAUGAAGUUUUAUUGCGGGAGGUCGCUAUGCGCGAGGCGGGCUUUAUCCCCUCGAGCUCCCGAUCGUCGGAAGAAGUGCAAAAGUCAAGUCGUCAUCCCGUUCCUGCUUCCAAGGAUGGGCUCGGCGCUGCCAGUGCCGGUGCCGGUGACAGGACCAGAUUUGCCGGGUAUAUGGCCUCGGGUUCGAAGCUGAGCGAGCAGGGCGGGUUCCUGGAGGAACUUACCACAGCUGCAUACGAAGCUUCUGAGGAUGAGCGCACUUUGUGUCCGCCGUUUGGGUUCUUUGUUGUUGCUGCUGUUGUGGUUUGUUUCGUUACUAUCCUGAGAGGAAUUGGUGCCAAGAAGUGA